AUUUGUUGUAGGCGCUGUACUUUCGAUCCUUGUAAGUCUUGUUCUAGUAUUUAAGAGACUAACACGGACAGGCUACUAUUGUGUUGAUCUCGAGUGUCCCUGCAUUUGCUAUUCUUUAUAGUCUCGGUAACAUUGUUUCUUUAUUAAGUUUGACAUUUAUUAUUGGUCUCAAGAAGCAAUUUAAAACGAUGUUUGCACCAGUGCGUUUUUGGGCCACUGUGACUUAUUUGAGUUUACUUGUAUUGACCAUCAUUUUAUCCAUUACGUUGGCCAAAUUCUUUCUUUCGUUGAUCUUGGUCAUCAUUCAGUUUAGUGCUUUGGUGUGGUAUUCUGCUAGUUAUAUCCCUUAUGGUCGUGAAAUGAUUCGACGAUUCUUUGGUAGUUGUAUUACCUCUAUUUAAUAGAUAUUGAAACAUGUAGAUGUAUAUGCCCAUAAAAAGAUACAAUAUGUGUUUCGUAUCACUUUUUUUUUAUGUAUAUCUAUUGAAGUGGAACUAUUUCUAUAUGUCUCUGUCUUUAUACAUACAUAUACAUAUAUAUGUAUUCUCUCGUAUGAGUCACAUGGUCUUAUCUCUUUUGGUGUAAAU